AUAAAAAUUGAUUCACGUAUUUAAACGCAACCAGUCAUUUUUUAUUUUAUUCAACUAUGUUACAUUGCAUAGUUUAAAAACUUAAAUUAUACAUAGACUAUUGUAAUCUGACAACAAAAAAUUCAUAACAUGAAUUCACUUACUAUAUUUAUGACUAUAUUAGUAUUCGCUGUUGAUCUCUCCUUAGCACUUGAAUGUAAUUGUUGUGGCGAUACUGAGAAAUUACAGAUGGUUUCGUGUCGUCACUAUUAUUGCAAUACCUGUACAAAUAAGUUCACAAGAUGUACAACGUGUAGAACAGAAUUCAUAUUGGGUAAUAACAAUAGAACAGCAUUAAAUGUAUUAAAAUGUGCCGUUUGUGGAAAUGUAAAAGAAAUAAAAAAAGGUUCUUCGUGUACUCACAUACAUUGUGAGAACUGUUUACAUUAUAUUACGAAUUGUUUUACAUGUAAAAAAAUCAUCAGAGAUGCACAAAUUUUAACCUGUUCAAUUUGUUCGUUACCCAAUAUUCUAUACGAGGAAAACAAUAAAAUAUACUGUACGAGCUGUCAAUCAUUAGGUUUUGUCCCACAAGAGACUGGAGCUUCGUCAUCCAGACAAAAUAAUGCUCCACCACAGUUCGGAGUUUGGCCGUUUAAUCAAAGUUUUGUCCCACAAAUGGCUAGAGCUUCGUCAUCCAGACAAAAUAAUGUUCGACCACAAUUUGGAGUUCCGACGUCUAAUCAAUCUGUUCCAUCAGAAACCGAAGAUCCGUUGUCUAAUCAAUCUGUUCCAUCAGAAACCGAAGAUCCGUUGUCUAAUCAAUCUGUUCCAUCAGAAACCGAAGAUCCGUUGUCUAAUCAAUCUGUUCCAUCAGAAACCGAAGAUCCGUUGUCUAAUCAAUGCGAUGACACCGAAGGAAGUAACAGACCACCAAUAUUGUACAAUUUUUUUUCAUAAACAAUGAUUAGUCAUGGAAAUAUUAUAUAAUGUAUUAGUGUGUAUACAAGGUGAGUCUGCCAUGUUCUAACAAUAAUAAAUAUUGAUAUUGUCUAUAUUUUACAUUAUUAAUAUUAUUUUAGUAAUUGUUAGAAUAUUAAUACGUUAGAAUAUUAAAAUUUUAUUAAAAAUAUAGCUUUAUUAUUUAUAAAAAAAAAAAAUUUAUGUAUAUUUUUCAUUUUCGAAAAAUGAAAAGGCCAUAUAAUAUUAAUGUAAUUUUUUGUUUAUUAUUACAGUUAUUUAUAAUAUUGUAAACUGAGUU